AUGAGCAAGCGCGUAAAAAUUCAUCUCCAGCAUCAGGAGUCUUUCGAUAUUACAGCUCCCAUAGUCGCGACAUUUCGUAAUGGUCCUCCACCUCCUAAUGUACGAAAGGACUUGGCGUUUGAAGUGUUUGAAAAUUCCGCAAAGAAACAGCGUCUGGUGAUCGCAAGUAGUGAGAAAGUAGCGUAUCAAGGUGCCAACUUUGGCUAUCUCGGUUCUACCCAUGACUUUGCUAAUUAUGCGGUUGGUGUAUACGACCGAAAGACCAAAACUGUACGACUGAGCAAUGUACAUCAGAUAUAUGUCAUGCAGCAAGCCAUUAAAAACACAUCUGAAAACAUUGACGAUGAUCGUAAAGAGAAUUUGAGUCUCAUGGAUCAACGUCGUGAACUAGUUGAAGUCUUUGGUAGCAAAAAAAGCAAACGUCUACAAAAGAAUCGUGAAGAGAACCUUGUGAACCUUGACAACGUUAGUGGAGCAACAUCGGUAUCUCAAACAUUGCAGAAAAAGAUUGUUGCUGCAAAACUUAAGCUUGAUGAAGAACGUGCUUUGGAUGGAACUUACAGCAAAGAAGAAGCAGCUCUUGCUGUCACGCGCAACGUUCUCCUUCCACCAUGUGAUGUUGACGCUCCGACGCCAGAUCGUGUGUACGAUCUGACAAAGUUUAUGGAUAGUGAUGUGAUGGACUCACUGACGACUAUGUCUGAGGAGGUUCUUGAAGCGCUUCAGACUACAAGUGUUGCUGAAUACGCCGCGCAGCUCAAUAUGGCAACACUUCCUACGCGAUUACUACAGUCUUUACCUGUGCCAUACGAUAUCAACAAAGUCUGUCUCAUCGUCUACUUGGCGUAUCUAAUUGAUUUUGCCAGUUCUCGGUUCCCACUUCGCAAGUCAGCUGCGAAUUUUAGUGAGGAGAAAGAGAUUCCACUUGUCAUUGUACGCCAUUUUCUCAAGCUAUUUACCGAAGUGAACGAGGGUAACAAUGGGUACCCGACGUACCUGCAGUCCAAGGCCAUGAAAGACAAGCUUAGUCUACACUUAUUAGUGGUGGCGCUUACUGUAAAUGGUUUUACUUUGGAUCUUACUGAAGUUGGUAAUGAUUUAAAAAAAUCCGCCGUUCAGAUCCAAGCAUAUGCCCGACAACUUGGCUGCAUGGUUGAGAAAGUUAAAGUUGAUUCAACGGUCUAUGGCAGUACUGGAUCGUCGUCAAAGAAGCAAAUCCAACGUGCUGUUCUUUCGGUACCUCUUCGGUUCCCACUUCCAAAACGUGGCGGUCCAACUCGACGUUAA